CACCUCCUAUCCAUCUCAUCUCACUCUCAGACGGUCACAUAAAAAGCACACUGCUGCUGCUCUACUUCUAGUUCACUUCCUUCCGGUCUCGUGCCACCAAGCUGCCACUCCCACGAAAAUGUCUACGGUGACCCGCGCCUACCUGGACCAGAGGCUCGCUGCAGCCAAGCGUUGCUCCAGAGAGGCUGCCAUGGCGGGAGCCAAGGCCGCGGCCGUCGCCACCGUCGCAGCCGCAGUCCCCACGCUGGCGAGCGUGAGGAUGCUGCCGUGGGCAAAGGCGCACCUGAACCCGGCCGGGCAGGCGCUCAUCAUCUCCACCGUCGCCGGGAUGGCCUAUUUCAUCGUCGCCGACAAGACAAUCGUCUCCAUGGCCAGGAAGCACUCCUUUGACAACGCCCCGCCACACCUCAAGAACACCUCCUUCCACUAAUUAGGCUGUAGAUCAAAUAAUGCGCAGCAAGUUCUAUACGCCUCCCCGAACUUGUCUGCUGAAAUUGGGGCGAUCAGGCGAGGCCAUGCUUGCAGUGCGAUGUUUACUGCGAGCAAGCACUAAUUAUCUUAUCAUGUAUGAAAUGAAAUAAUGUUGCCAACUUCUCCAUCUUAGUACCUUUCCAGAGAUCUUGAGUUAAUAACAGCUAGUUUUUAAUUUUGUA